AUGCUGCUGUCUCAAGCUUUACUAACGUUGGGAUUUGUUGUCUUUCUCAAUGUUGAUGAAAAAGUUGAAGAAACAAUUAAUAAAUCUACUGAACAAAACAAUAAUAAUAAUAAUAUUGGAAAUUUUAAUCUCAAAGUAGAACGUUACAAUAAUGAUGGUAUAAGGAAAAGUGUCAUAUCACAAAAUACAAUAGUUUUAAAGCCAAAUGAUUUACUUAGAGAAAGAAUUUUGAAAAACCUUGAUAUUCCAGAUAAUAAUGGUGUACAAAUAAAUUAUAAGCAAAUUGUUAUUAGAAGUCAACGUAAAAAUGAUGGAACACCAUAUAUAAUUUCACAAGUUGUUCAUGAAGGUAUUGACAGUAUAAUAAAUUCAACUAAAAGAACUUCUGCUGAUAAUAUAAAAGAUGAAAGCAACAAUAAUCAUAUUGCUACAGCAAAUUUUAGUCCACUCUUCACGUCACUUCUUAAUAAAGCUGGCAAAAAUUGUGAAUACUCAAAGACGAUUGUAAACAAUAAUCAAAGAAUAUGCAAAGGGCAAUUAAUAUUUCAAGAUGAUUUCAAUGAAUUGAACUGGGAUAAAUGGCAAAGAGACAUAAGAAUACCUAUGGAUACGGAAGACGCAGAUUUCGUAUCUUUUCAAGGUUUAAAACAAAAUUUGUACAUAAAAUAUGAUAAUUUAUAUAUUUUACCAACAUUAUUGAGUGAAUUACCAGAUUAUGAUGACAAUGCUAUACGAUCGGGUACAUUAAUAUUAGGACCAAACUGUACAGGUGUUAUAAAUCGGGAAGUAGAAUGUAAUAGACAAGCUUUUGCAUACCGUAUUUUACCACCAAUAGUAUCCGCUCGUAUCACAACUAAAAAUAAAUUUUCAUUUAAAUAUGGUAUUGUAGAAAUAAAAGCAAAAUUACCAAAGGGAGACUGGCUAUUUCCACAAUUAUUUUUGGAACCUUUAAACAAUCAUUAUGGAUCUGAGAGUUAUAUUUCUGGUCAAGUACGUUUAGCAUUUAUCAGAAGCAAUGAAAUAUUAAAAACAAGUAGUAAUAUUUCAAUAGACGGUUCAAAACUUUUUGGUGGAGUUGUAUUAUCACAGGAAGACAAACACAGAGAAAUUUGGAUGGAAAAUUCUUUCAAUAGAAAUAGCCAUUAUGGUGAUAAUUAUCAUGUGUACAAAACACUUUGGACCGAUGAACUUAUAUCAUUUUAUGUUGAUGAAAAAGAAUAUGGUACUUUAUAUGGUAAUUUUUCAUAUGAAGCUUCACAUUUAUAUAACAUGAAAUAUUCUAAUAUUUGGAAAACUGGCAAUAAAAUGGCUCCCUUCGAUAAAGAGUUUUUUAUAUCAAUUGGUGUAUCAGCUGGUGGUAUAUCAGAUUUUCCAGAUCAUUGUAUAAGUGGAUCGAAUCAAAUUGAUCAGAAACCUUGGUUAAAUUUUGAUAGUAAAAAUGAAUUGAAUUUUUGGAAAGCAAGAUAUAAAUGGCAUGGUACAUGGAAGGGGGAAGAUGCAGCACUAAAAGUCGAUUACAUUCGUGUGUGGGCACUUUAAUUAUGAUUAUUUAAAAUAGGUUUUGAGUUAAGUAUUACUAUUAUUAGGGCCCAGUUCUCUAAGUAUUAUAAUUGAAAUAUCUGUAUAUACAUACAUAUAUGUAUGUAUAUAUAUGCGUUCUACUUAUUUUAAACAAAGGAGGAUAAGAAAAAAAUUCCAAUUGAUUUUUGUUUAACUUAAGGUUUACCUUAAGAACUUACAUAAUGAUUUUAUACCGAAUUACAAAAAAAAAAUACUAAAUUUCAUAAUAAGGUUGAAAAAUCAAGUAAACCAAAUAUUCAUACAAAAAUUACUGGUUUUUAAAUUGUAGACGGAAAGUUCCUUAAGAAUAAAUAAGAAUUUACUUUUGAAGAGUCUGUGUAAAUAAGGCAAAAAUUACGAAAAAAAAUUUUUAAACCGCGAUAAAACUAAGAAUUACAGUGGAAAAAAAA